UUUUGCUUGUAUUUCUUGUGUAUACCUGUCAAGCUCGCUGACAGAUAUGGACAGAAGUGUCGCGGCGCGUACGUUUUUUCGUGUUUUUAUGUUUUAAUGACUCAUUAUCGCUCGACGGCGGUGUGGGCGCUCGCAUUAGAAUAAUUCCGCCUAGAUAAUUGCUACAAAUAUGACCUACUUCCUAAAGUUUUAGAGUAUCAUCAGCCGCAAGCUGCGAACGGACACGUUACAUCCGCCAAUGCGAACGGUAAAAAUACGAUUCACAACUCCGAGAGGAUGGAGAUUAAGCUGAACAACAGCUACGGCAUCCUUACCAAGAAUGAGCUGAUUGUGGAAAGCACCAAGGGACAAAACAAACGCACCGCGCUCCUGGGCCAGAUAGUCAAAAUCGACUGUGUGCUGGAGAACCAAGAGGACUAUAACAUCCGUUUCCUUAAAGAUGUUGACACCUGGGAGAGCACAUCCUUCACCUGCCCAAUGCAGUCGGUGGAGUCAGUGGAUGAGCGAUUCUGGACGUUCCUGGCAGCAGUCACGUCGCCAAAAGAAAGAGUAAAACUUGCUAUAAACAAACAGAGAGUAAGCAAACUGCUUCAGAUCACCACUGAUGUUGUGGUUGGUUUCAAUGGGGAUGAAGUUUAUCUAGGCACUGUUAAGUUUAUUGGCAAUGUCAAGGGCAUGGGCAAAUGUUUUGGCAUUCAGUUACAUGAGAAAAAGAUUAGCAAUACCUGCGAUGGUUCCUGCGCCGGCAUUCAAUACUUUCACUGUCUUCCUGGGUAUGGUGUUUUCACAACAGCAGAUAAGAUCAUUCCCUACACGUACGGCUCAACAUACUCCGCAAACGACGACGCUAAUAAUGAACCAGCUACAAAAAUCGAAAAUGCAACACACAUUGACGAGUAUGAAUCACUCGUGCAGAAAAACAUUUCAAGAAUAUCACUGCAAGAACCAAGCACGAGCGCCGUCAAUGGCACGCUCAACAAUCAAAAUGGUAAAAGCAGCAGGACGAAGGUGAAAUCCUCGCCGAGUUUGCAAGCGUUAAUGAAUGAAAACUCAGUGAAUACAAACAAUGACUUCGAUCAGAAUAGUAUACUACAGUCAGAGAAUAUAUACCUUUUGGAGAAAGCGCGACACGUCAACGGGAAAAGACCGGUGGAUUUAAUCGAAGCGAUUGGUAGCUGGAGCCCGAAUAUGAACUCCACAGCGACGAAUGAUAAAGAUUACAAGAGGUACUUCAACGCGAUCGAUGGCCACGGCUCAAAUACAUUGAGCAUGAAUGGUCGCAACGGAAAGGUGAAGAAUGUUAAUAAUUCGUUGAUUAAUGGCAGCGCGAGCAAGACUAUGCCGCGAAAAUUCAAGAAUAUCGGCGGUGGCAGCGAGAAAGUAAAACAAUCAAACAGCAAGUUCUACAUUGACGAUCACGAAUUGAACGAGAGGUUGGAAUUGGCGAGGAAAACACUUCCAUCAACUUCAGCGGCGGCGGCUGUACAAGAAGAUGUUCACUUUGCGGAGCCAUUACCUAACGAAACGAAUGAUUUGGUUAUUGGGUCCAUGGUCGAGGUGCUUAACGAUGUUUCAGAAGAACCACUUUAUGGUGUGGUGCGAUGGAUGGGAAAAGAAGAAGGGUCGAAUUUUGUCGUCGCUGGUGUUGAAUUAGAGGACGAACCUGUGCAUCUACCGCUAACUCUAUCAGAUGGCACGUACAAGGGCCGAAAGUUGGUGGAAUGUUCGGGAGAUCGCGUUCUUUUCGUGCCCAUUACACAAUGUCACAAGGAUUCGCGGUUUCAGGACGGCAUUCCUACUCCGGUGCAUACUGCGUCUGAGAAAACAUUUGGAAAAGACUGUCCUGUUAUACCUGGUGCUGUCCCACCGUUAAUUAUGAAAACCGAAGAAGAUGUCGAAGCAGUCUGUGGACAGUUCCGUGGCAUUCAAGGCCGUAACAAUUCUUGUUACCUAGACGCCACGUUAUUUGCAAUGUUCACCUAUACGGCUGUUUUCGACAACUUGUUGUUCCGCCCUAGAGAAGCCAAAGAUAUACCAGAAUACGAAGAAGUACAAAGAGUGCUGCGUGAAGAGAUCGUCAAUCCACUCCGGAAGAAUCUCUUUGUGCGUGCGGACAGAGUGAUGAAUCUACGGCAGCUGCUCAAUCGUCUUAGUUCCGUCUCCGGUCUGAUGAGCGAAGAGAAAGAUCCCGAGGAGUUUCUCAAUUCUUUGCUGGCGCAGAUUCUGAAGGCUGAGCCAUUCUUGAAGCUCAAUUCCGGGCAGGAUGCUUACUAUUAUCAGUUGUUUGUUGAAAAGGAUGACGAGUUGAAGCUGCCUACGGUGCAGCAGUUGUUUGAGCAGAGUUUUCUCACGAGUAAUAUCAAGUUAAGAGAGGUGCCUGCAUGUUUGAUUAUACAAAUGCCGCGAUUCGGUAAGAGUUUCAAGAUGUAUCCGAGGAUUCUCCCAUCGCAAUUGUUAGAUGUGACGGAUAUAAUCGAUAACUCGCCGCGUCAAUGUACUGUGUGUGGUAAACUGGCUGAGUUUGAAUGUCGUGAUUGUUUCGGCGAGUGCGGUGAAGGCCUGGAGAGCACCGCAUUCUGCAAUUCCUGCUUAGAGAUGGCGCAUAAACAUCUACGGAAGAGUCACAAGCCGGUAGCGCUUGAAGUGCCGCCGGAUUUUGCGAUUAUUUCCGAUCAUUGUCCACCGCCACGGUUGUACAUGGAACUUUUCGCUGUUAUUUGCAUAGAGACUUCGCAUUACGUCGCAUUUGUUAAGUGUGGUGCUGGACAUGAAGCGCCAUGGUGCUUUUUUGAUUCAAUGGCGGAUCGUAAAGGUGAGUUAAAUGGCUAUAAUAUCCCCGAAAUGGUGGCUUGCCCUGACGUUUCAAAAUGGCUGUCGGAUGAGCAAGCUUGCCGUGAGCUACACGACAAUUCUGUUCUGGAUAGACAUUUACCGGAGCACGCGAGGCGUCUGCUGUGCGAUGCCUACAUUUGCAUGUACCAAAGUUCCGACGUCAUGAUGUACAAUUAGAUUGCGUCUGACAACAUCACGAGUAUUGAUCAAGGAUUUCAUAAUCCUUCAAAGGGUAAAACAGGUUAUUUUUGAUUUGUUAUCAUUCACACAGCAAAAGCUAUGAAUUUCGUUUCAGUUUUCUAAAUCUAAACAAAUCAUUUAUCAAAGAAAAUAUCUAGGAAAUUUGUUAACGAAUCCAAAUUCAUUGACAACCACUAAGAAAUAUCUAGUAAAACUAGCAAAUCUGUUGACUCUAUCUCAAAAGAAAAACUGUUGGUUAUUGAAGUAUUAUAUAUCAGCGUGAGAAACGCGCAGGCACUAACAAAAUUAUUUAUUAUCUUAACUGACUUAUCAACUAACGAGAGAACUAUUAAGUUUACAAGUAUUUCAAAUGUUUAUUUAUGAUUAUACGAUAAAUUACGAUGAAUUUUAUUCGAAGAUAUCGACACUGGAAAACCAUUGGGCAUUUUCCGAUCGAAAGAGAUUACUAAGUUAAGCUAGGGAAUAAGCAAACAGAUGAGGAUUGCCGGCUGUAAAUGUAUGUCGCUUCUUCUCACUCAUUACUACACGGCUAGCUGAUGUUAUUUUUACUAGAAUGGAGAAUUAGUUAUUAUUGCAUUUGUUUCGAGUCACCACUGACUAAUACGACACUUUAGAGGCGCUGCUGUAAUUGUUAGUUAGCGAACACAUGAUAACGAUAUUUAUUACUGAUAUAUAAUAUAUAUAUAUACAGCUAUGUAUUUGAUAUUUUUGAUUGUUGCGAUGAUUCGGCAAAGAAGUUUAUUUAAACGUUUAUAUUUUGUGUUAUCAUCAUUCUAGCGAACUAAGUUUAAUUGUUUAAGGUACACAAUGUUAUGUUACUUAAUAUCUGAGAUAAACAACUAUUACAAUAAUUGAUAAAAAUUGGAUAAAGAUAAAACAAAUCGAAAAAUAUAAUUUAUUCUUGCAUAA